AGCGGCAGCAGGGGCACGGCUCCGCCAUUUUAAGCCUCCCCGCGGAACGCCGCCGCCGCGGCCGUGUUGCGCCGCCGGAGGGAGCGGCUGUGGCGGCCCGGAACCGCCGGGCACGGAGGGGAGGAGGGAGGGAAGCGCUGCCGGGGCCCAUGGAGCGGCUCCGGCGGCUGUGGCGGGGCCGCACCAUGACCUACGGCGUCCCCCUGUUGGUUCUGCAUGGUGUAAAACUGUAUGCAUGCAGGAGAGAGCAAUGUAACCUGGCAUGGAAUAUCUUAACAGCUUGAGUGCUGCAGGACAAGGAUCUUUUGUACUCUAAGCUGCAAAAGGAAUGUACAGAUCCAGUUCCAGUUCUGCUGUCAACAUGUUACAAGGGAAAAAUUAAAUGCUCAGGAUCUAAAGCAGCAUCUUGGCAGACAGGAAAUAUGCUGUAUCUUGUUGGGGGAUCUUUUGGACUCCGUGAAUUUGCUCAGAUAAGAUACGAUGUCCACAAACUACGUGGCACGAUUCAGAUGAAGAGAAGGCUAUUAACUGGAGAAACUCAUUCUGCUGCCAUUGUUGAUCCUGCUUUGAAAGAAAAAUUAAAACAGAACAAUGUGACGCUGGAAUCAGAAUAUGAGAAACUGGAAAAAUCUGACUUGGAUAACUGGGAGAACAUCAGAGGACCCCAGCUGUGGGAAGAUUCCAGGGCUGUUCAGCAGCAACGGCGGGAGGCUGCCCAUCUCAAGACAGAGUGACUGAGCAAGCCUACUUUGCUGCCCGCAGAAAAAACGUCUCAGGCUGGACUAUCUUAUUUUUUAUUCCGCUGUCAGGAGCAGACAUGGGAGGACAGUAUUGCUCUGAGCAAUUCAUGCCAGUGUGUGUAACUGUGAGAGCAACCCGAAAGGCACCAUGUUGUACGAAGCUCUUUGUUUGCAUCUGUUUGCACAGUUCCACAGGCUGUACGUGAGAGUUCUCAAUAAAAACACACAAAAAAAGCCAUCUGAU